GGGAACACAUGGUUUUCUAUCCUUCCUCCAUCAGUGUAAAACCACAUAUGGAUCUCCUGUGUAAUGGAAUCAAGACAGCUGAGGGCAGCGAUGUAGUUGUUGACCCUCGGCCCCCUCCUGCUAAACUGGCUAGACUGGAACAAAACGAUAUGGGACCCUCCACACCAGAGAGGAGCGGGCAAGGGAGUCCAGUGGCCAGAAACCCCUGCCAGGCCCAGAAGUCCACCACAGUGAAGCAACUCAGCAAGAGCUGGCACGGCAAAGGAAGCCUGCUGCCAGUGUUCUGUGUGGUCGAGCAUCGGGAAAACCCUUCAGAGGUGGAGAGAAGAGAGGAACAUGCCGAGUUUGUGUUGGUCAAACGAGACCUGCUCUUUAACCAGCUGAUAGAGAUGGCCCUGCUGACGCUGGGAUAUUCUCACAGCUCUGCAGCACAGGCUAAAGGUCUGAUCCAGGUAGGCAGGUGGAAUCCAGUGCCUCUGUCCUCCGUUACUGAUGCUCCAGACGCCACAGUGGCCGACAUGCUGCAGGAUGUUCACCAUGUUGUCACCCUUAAAAUACAGCUGCACAGUUGUCCCAAACUGGAGGACUUGCCAGCAGAACAGUGGAGUCACUCCACAGUGAGAAAUGCUCUGAAGGAGCUUCUGAAGGAAAUGAACCAGAGCUCGCUGGCUAAAGAGUGCCCGCUAUCACAGAGCAUGAUAUCCUCCAUUGUAAAUAGCACUUACUAUGCAAAUGUCUCAGCCACCAAGUGUCACGAGUUUGGUCGAUGGUACAAGCACUUCAAGAAGGCCAAAUGCUUCACGGAGCCCGAGAGCUUUUCUGAGCAGACCCCAAUCUCUCUCACUCAGCAGCCCGUCACAGGUAGCCCCACUGAUCCAGCCUCAGCCCUCCUUUUCCCUCAUGGAGCAGUAGCGACUAUUUGUGGACGAUCAGCCCUUGGUUUGCACCCUCCUGGGCUGGUAACUCAGCCUCUCAGCCCCCAAAUGGCCAACCAGCAGCUGGUGAUGGCCCAAUUCCUCAACCAGCAGUACGCCGUCAGCCGCAUGCUGGCUGGCCAAGGCCUCCCUUCGUCACCUCAGCAGUAUCUCAACCACCCCCCUGUGGGAAGGGCUCCUGCCAAGGUUUUCUCUAAAGCGCCCGAUCCUCCACCCUCGCAGCAGGCACAGUGUGGCCCAGGGGGAGCUAUGACCACAGGGCUGCAGAAUCAGACAGUGGCGGGGUCUACUGCAGGGCCGACAGACGUGCCAUUCGAGAUCUACCAGUGUGUGAGAGAGGAGCUGAAGCGUGCCGGCAUCUCUCAAGCCAUCUUUGCUCGUGUGGCCUUUAACAGGACCCAGGGUCUGCUCUCAGAGAUCUUGCGAAAGGAGGAGGAUCCCAAACAUGCGUCUCAGUCUCUGCUGGUCAACCUGCGGGCCAUGCACAGCUUCCUGCAGUUCCCCGAGGCGGAGAGGGAGCGCAUCUAUCAAGAGGAGAAGGAGAGGAGUCUGACUGGGUUCACACCCAGCUGCAGCAACACACCACCGAUGUCCACACAGGCAAGGCUGUCCCCAGUUACAUGUGACAGAAGGCUGAGGACCGACAGUUGUGUUCUCAAUGUCAACGCCUCAAUCUACGAGGAGAUUCAGCACGAGAUGAAGAGGGCCAAGGUGUCGCAAGCUCUGUUUGCGAAGGUUGCUGCCUCCAAGAGUCAGGGUUGGUUGUGUGAGCUUUUGCGCUGGAAGGAGGAUCCCUGCCCAGAAAACCGCACCCUCUGGGAGAACCUGUGCAUGAUUCGCCGAUUCCUCAGCCUCUCCCAGACUGAGCGAGAUUCCAUCUAUGAGCAGGAGUGCAACAAUAUGACUGCACAGCAGCAAUGCACGGACAGACUCACACUGCUAAGCAAUGACACCACACUGUACCAACGCAACUCUCCGAUGCCCCAGCAACACCAUCUCCAACCCCAUCAACCCCUGCAGCCAGAAGCAGGACCUCACCUGCCUCCACGACAACCAUGUGCUGCCUCACCAGCCGAGUCUGAGGCCGGGGGCACCUGGGGCCAGCUGAGAGUACGUUUGCAAGGGAGAGGUGGUUGCAAUGGUGAAAGAGAAGACGUUAAAGACUGGCUUGUGGGGGGACCAGAAGACAUCGAUUGUCUGGGUGGGGACUGGAGCGGUGCGGGAGCAUUGAGGAAUACAUUUAAAGAAGACAACGAACAGGAGAGUGAUGGAAACAUGUGCAAAGAAGGUAACGAUGAGAUCUCUGGAGACAACGAAAAUGGAAAGAUUACGGAGAGUAUGAAGUGGCCCAGUAUUAAGAGUGAAGACACAGGUGGGGUUUCGGUUUGUUCUGAGACGGAUAAUAAGGCAAAAGCUGAAGAUGAGGUCCAAGUUGAUGGGUUAAAAGUGUCUAGUGAGGCCCUUGGAAUUUUACAGAGCUUCAUGCACGAUGUGGGACUCAAUCCGGAUGAGGAGGCUGUGCACACUCUCUCUGCCCAACUGGGCUUACCCAAGCACACGAUCCGCAGCUUCUUCAACAGCCAGGACCAUGGGCAAAACCAAGACUACUGUCAAAGUCCAAUACACAGCUAUGACAACAAGCAAAGCUGUAUUGACCUGGACCUCUCACAUGCUGAGUUAAAUCCACAGGAACUGGAAAGGGAAGGUGCUGGUGGACAGACAGAAAAAGAGCAAAAGGAGGUGGAACAAACUGGUACUAAAGACAUAAAUCAGGUAACUCCGGUAAAGGAAUCAGAUGUCAGCACUCAAACCCUUCCCCCUGUGAAGGAGGAGGAGGAGAGUUUCAUCUAACCCUAAAUCAUGGACACAGCUUGAAGAAGCAACUUGUACUUUGUGAGCCACUAACGGAUCCUAGCUAAUGCACUUCAAUCUUGGAAAAAAUCUAACUCCAGGCCAUUUGCUUAUACUUUCAGUACAUAUUCAGUGUUUUGGCAUUGAACUAGUAAUAAGCAUGUACCACUAUACAUUAGGAAAAGAGUAUGUGUUACUGAUGAUAACACAGCUUUUAAACAAGAGACUUGAGUAACUUUGGUACAGGAUUAGGGCUGUCCAUCCUCUGCCAUUGCUCAUUCCCACCUGCAUCGCACAAGCAUGUGUUCUCACAACAGGAAAUACUCCAGACUGCUCUUGGGUAGAGUGCACGGUGUGCAAGACAUGAUUUAAUAAGUUUGCUGUGGAAACUGCAACUUCUUCUUCUUUUUUUUUUUUUUUUUGAACAGCAUGUUGAGAAUGCUCCGGAGGAUUACCUGCUGUAUUCACACAUGAACUCUCUCUCUCUGUCGUUGUCUGGAGUGAUAAGUACCUCAUCAAGUUAUGUUUUCAAACCUGACAUUUCAUUGUUGACAUUUUUUCGCACAUCGUCCCUCCAGAACAGUUUUAGAGCUGAGUGCAUGUGUGAAAACAACUCUGAUAUUAUGUAUUCAUUUAGAAAGCUGACUGAAGGAUCUUAAAUGCACUGGAGACAACUGUGAUUAAAAGUAUGGUAUUAAAACCUAUUUCCUGUAUGUAGAAACAUGUCUGUAUUGAUAGAAAUCUAUACAAUUACAAUUGAAUAUCUUUGUUUAAGAUUAGUACAUUCAAUUGGUUUUUGAGAAAAUCUUUGUACCAGAUAUGCCUUGUAGAAAAUGGCACUGCCAGACUGUUUUUUACGGUUAAUAUCUCAAAUAUUUUCAUUUUCAUUAAGUUUAUUAGUGUUUUGAUAGUUGGCUAAAUUUUUUUUCCACUCUUGAAAUCCGAUUUCCUCAAAACCCAACUGUUUACGUUUAUAUAUCUAACACAAUAGCCGCUGUCGCUUAUAAAAUUGAAGCACCAUCAUUUAAAACAAUGAUGGAUCAACAUACUGUAGGAAUAAUGCAUUGCAUCCUACACAAUUUUACUGCAGCGCUUAAUGAGUUAAUAAAUAUUAAAGACAUAACUCUUACUGAAAAUGAGGCAGUGGCUUAUUCCUUUUGUUCAGUUUAUCCACAUUAUACAAGUUUUUUUUCUUUUUCUUUGUUUCUUUUGAAAAUCUU